GUGGCUGGCGGUGGCCAGAGCCUUGGAGUUACAGAUGAGGAUGUUUUUGUGGAGUGCUUAGGAUCUGAACUCUUAUCUUCCUCUUCAUGCUUUUGUGGCUGUCACUUUAGUGAGCUCUCUCUUCAACUCUUAAUUACUGGAUUCUAUUCUUUUUGCGGCGGGGGGGGGUAUGUUUUGAUGCAGGGUUUCUUUGUGUAGCCCUGGCUGUCCUGGCUCUUUCCCUAUAGACCAGGCUGGCCUCUCACUCACAGAGGUCCUCCUGCCUGGGCCUGAGUGCUGUGAUUAAAGGCCUGUGCCUUUAAUUUAAUUAAUUAGCAUUUCAGCACCCCCUUUUCUACUGACAGCAAUUUCUUUCUUUUGAAUUGAAAAAGUGAGAAAACCAGAACAAAGCGGUUAUGAAUGGCGGCCUUUAUAAAUACACAACGGUAGGGAAGAGCUGGGAACUUUAAAUGUCUGUGGAGUCUGAGCUACAAUUUUGUAGCUAAAAUUUAUGGCAGUGUGGGGGAGGGGAGUUGAUUAAUUAACAUGUAAUGAAUAUUUAAGUGUCUCAUAUGAAUAAAUCCAAGAAGGCAUUACUUACUUCUGCCAGAUACCAUGUCUUAGGGAUAUAGCAUAGACUUGUGUGUUUUUGAAAACAUUUCUAUGGGAAUAUGUAGUUUUGUAUAAUUUUUGUCUAAUAAGAUCUCUUUGCUCACUUGGAAGGUGCUGGCUUAACCCCAAUAAAUAAUUCAGGAGCUGCAUUUAGGAUCCAGACCAUUUGAUGGGGGAAACCACAGCUGAGUUUUAAUAUCUAAAUAGCACUUUCUGUUAUUUAAUCUGUUUCUACUCUUUAAUCUUUCUCCUUUCCCCGCAGGCUUCCCUGCCUCCUCUGUCUUGAGUAUUAAAGAGUUUGCCAGUUGGGCUGGGGAGAUGGCUCAGAGGUUGAGUCAUGGCUGCUCUUGCAGGCUGCCUGAGUUCAAUUCCCAGAAACCAUAUUGUGGCUUACAUCUGUAAUGAGAUCUGGUGCCCUCUUCUGGUGGGUGAGCAGACAUGCAAGCAGAGCACUGUAUACCUAUGAGAUAAAUCUUUAAAAAAGUAGUUUGCUAAUUCCUGGUUUGGCAAAAGUAGAAAGAAAUGAAAGUUAACUUUCCUUUUAAAUUUUAUUUAUCUAUUAUUAGUAUUACUUUGUGUGUGUGUGCGCACUAUAUGCAGAGCCUGCAUCAGUACAAGAAGCUUGCAUAGAUUCUCCUGGAAAAGCAGUUACAGGUUGUGAACUGCCAGGCCUGGUGGUGUUGGCCUUUAGCCUUUAAUUCCAGAACUCCAGAGGCAGAGGCAGGCAAUAUCUGAGUUCGAGGUCAGCCUGAUCUAUAGAGUGAGAUCCGAGACAGCAGGGAUAUACAAAGAAAUCCUGCCUCAAAAAAGCGAAACAAAACGAAUGAAAGGUUGUGAGCUUUUAUUCCAAAAGAGCAGCUGGUGCUCUUAACGCUGACUCAUCUCUCCAGCCCGAGAAGCUACUUUAGAUUGGGAGUUUUUUUUUUUUUUCCAGAACUUUUCUAAAUGUCUUAGGUUCACAGAGUUAAGGGAAAAGCACAGCCUUGCCUAACAUUGUCUUCAAUAGGGAGAGGGUAAAUGGAGGUGGGGAGGUGGCUAAAUAGGGCUGGGGGCGGCGCACAGUGGCAAGUCAGGGGACAGCAGAAACAUUGAGGGUACACGAAGGGUGGUAAGGGCCUGAAGGGGCAAAUGAGUCUGGGGUGGAGGAGAAACUUGAGAACGAGGAAGUGGAAGAGAGCAGGCUGGAGUCUGAGAGAUUCAGGGUGUGUGGAGCUGCUGGAGAGGCAGGCACACUGCUAGAACAAGGACUCAGAGGCUCCUACUUUGGCAAGGACUGGAACUUCCAGGGAGGCACUGGGUGUGAAGUGGGCAUGGACAUCUCACAGGGCAGGCACUUUCCUCUGUAAGUUCCUCAGACUCUGUCUGCCCUCUGCGCAGAUACCACCAGCAGGUGCGGACUGAAUUCAUUCUGUAUCUUCCUGAUUCUUUUGCUCACUGUCCCUGAGGCGCAGAGCUGUGGGUGAGAGGAAGGGACCGCGGGGUGUGGGCGUGUGAGAGCCCAGGACAACAGUGUUCUCCCCUCUUAGUUCACAGGGAACUUUCCACGCCACAGGGACCACAGUAGGCAGGGAGGGAGAAUCAGAGCCCCGGGGCCCAGGAGGGACCCCAAAGAGUUGUAGGAAAAGAUGGGAACUAGGAACCGACUGGAGCAUGGGGAAGCCUGAAUUCAGCACCCCAGUGCUCAGAACUUUCGCGAAUCCCUGUACAGAGUGCUCUGCUAAGCUGUACUGAGGACCCCCUAAUCUCUCCAAAUCUCUCCACAGUUUCAGCCACACCUGUCGGUAGCCGGCUCUCAGGAAGGAACCAUGGCAAAGGCUGCAGCCACCCUUUGCGUUCUACUAAGUUGCCUGUGGCCAACGGUUCAGGCUGGUGAGUUCCCAGGGUCUACAUGGAGGGACUUUGCAGUAUGGGGGACUAAGUUAGGAAGUUCAUUUUACUCCUGGCUAUCAGAGAGCUCCUGGGCUCCUCCUAGUCUUCACAGGGCAGCCACUGGGCGCCCUGGCCUACCCCACCCAGAAGUCAGAGGACUGAAGAGAUUAGGGCGGAGUUAUGGAGGAAGAGCGGGGCAGGGGGUACAAGGAUGAAGAGAGCUAGGUGGCAGAAGGAGAUAUCUGGUGGCCUCCUCGGCACCACGGGAGAUGGGGGGUCUGUAGAAAACCUAAAACUCGGUCACCAGGACUGGACCGCUGGGCACACUUGAAAACCCCUUCAGAAGGUGGUCUCAGACAGCUCUCCUGACCUAAGGCAGUUUAGGAUCUCAAGACAGCCUUCUGGGGGAUUCCUCACAAGCCCUCCACCAUUCUGGGCCUCUUUGUCCUUGUACUUUCUUUCCCAACUUUCCAAGACAUUUCUCCAGCAGAUGGCAGUAGAUGCUUCUAGGGACAAGAUAUUCACAGCCACACACAUUCUUACUUUUUUUCUUUUUCUUCAUUCCUUUUCUUGUGGUUGUUUUGUUUUAAACAGGAUUUCCCAGUAGGGCCCACACUAUGGAAUCUGCAUGGAUCCCUUCUCUAACUCCCACCUAUGCUUUAACCUAUCAGGGCCAGCCAAGCAGUUUCUUUAUUGCUCAAUGACCUUCCUCCAUCACUCUUUGUAACCUGAGGUGCUUGCUGAGGGAGAGGUGGCAGCUUACUUGAGAGCUGACCUCAGUCUCUGCCUCUAGAUGAGGGAACAGGACAUUCACAGUCGCACCUAGGGGUUCCCACCUGAGUCACAGGGCAGUUACUAAGAUACAGGAAAAACCACUGCACAUGCUGUGUAGCUGGGUGGUCCCUCCUUGUUGGGACCUGAUCUGUCCUCUUAAGAAGGCAAUCUGUUUGUCUUUGAGGCCGUUUAGCUAUACAGUUUUUUAGAUAUAUUAUUUUAUGUGAAAAAGAUCUUGACUGCAUUAUGUAUGCAUACAAUGUGUGUGCUUGGAAACCUAAACACCAUACAAUCUCCUAAAACAGAAUUUACAAGCAGCUGUGAGCUGCCAUGUUGUUGCUGGGAAUGAAUCUGGAUCUUCUGCAAGAACAGAAAGUGCCCUUAACUUCUCUGCCAUCUCUCUAACCUCAGUGGUUCAGCUUUAAACAGUGGACACAGGAGCCCUGGGUCGUCCACUUUCAGACUCCUGUUCAUCUCUUUGCCUUUAGUUAUUAAAAUGCAGUCACAUACAGGUGGCUAAGCAUCUAUCUUAUUUAGGAUUGUGUGUUCUGUUAGCCAUGACACCCUUAAGAAGUUAGGCUUCAAGGUGGGUGGUCUCCCUUACUCAUCUAUGGACCACUGUCCUUGAAGGUCCUGCCUCCUGACUACCCCACCUGAUGGCAUCCUUUCUGUACUAUAUUUUCUGGGACUCAGAAAUACAGUUUCCUAACCCCACCCCAGCCUUGGGUCAUCAUCUCUGAGUUUCCAGCAAUGCUGGUGUCCUUCUCCCUGGUCCUUUUCACUGUGCUUCUCAGCAGGGAUGCUCCAGCAUCCACAGACAGCAUGGACUCUGCACACUUCCCCUGGAGAUGUUUGCUGUUCCAUCCACUCUGGCACAUGCACUUCUCUGAGAUUCUUGAUACCCACUCUUCUACUGCCAGAUUCAACCAGCCUAGAUUUUCUUUGUCUUACAGUGUGGGCAUGGUGAUCCUUUAACCAGGUCCAGGAAGCCAUCCCUUGAGCACUGCAGUAUGUCCAGGGGAUCUGACAUGUGUUGUUCUGGCUUCAUUUCUAUUACUGUGAUAAAAUACUCCCCCAGGGUAGAAGAAAGAUGGCAGAAGAGGCAGAGAGGAGUGGGAAGAGGAAGCUGGUCAAAGGAGACAGGAAAGGAUGUCCCCAAACCUGCAGCAGUCCACCUCAUAGCAGACGUUUUGGAGAGGGAGGAGGGAAAGAGGGAUUUUUAAAAUAUCACUUUGCAUUUUUCUAGUGUAAUGAUAUUGCAAACUUGUUAAACAUUCCCAUAAAAUAUUGUUUAUUUUAGAUUUCAAGUCUACACACACACACACACACACAACACACACACACACAGGAGAAUAUAUGUGUGUAUGCCUCACUGGGUUUUGCCUACUUGUUUGUGUAGUCUGCUGAACAGAACAGUUCUAGGAUAUUGUGUCUUCUGUUGCUGCUAGUAAGUCUGGGAGACCAGGGGCUAUAAGUGUGCUGGAAAACAACUGUCCCAGGAAGGGGAGAGAGGUUGGGGCUUCGAGCAGGUCACAGAGAUCUCUUCUCAAGAAUGACUUAGGGGUGUGGUCUAACAAGGGGGAAUCUGGCAUCUGACCCCAACAUCGUUGUCUGAAGUGGCCCAGUGGGUACACGCAUGAGUACUGUGCUCACGGGUGACAGCUCCCUUUCCAUGCCAAUUCGCAGCAAAACUUCAGGAGACUUUUCCUGAAUUCCCAUGCUCCAUAUUGAAUUUACCACAUGUUCUAUGUGUUCAGUAGAUUUUCAGUCCCAGGAACAGAUACUAUCUGGCAUAUUUUAUUCCUCAACACUUGAUUAAAGUCACUAAAAGUACCUGUGAGAUAAAUCCCUCUGGUGACACUGGGUGCAUCUGGGAGUCCUACCACCCUCAGACAAUCAAGGAUGGCACAGAAAUGAGGAUCCAGAAGCUGGUGGACAUCUGGAACAGAGGUUUCUCCUCCUGCUCUUUUGCCCUUCAGAAGGAUUCUGGGUGUCACAUAACCAGGGUUCCUAUGGCUUCCCGCCCCCACUUUCUACCUCCCCUGCAUGUUUCUUUCACAGAUCCACACAUUCUUAGCUGCAACUUCACUGUGAAGGCUUGUUCCAAACCUACAGAGUCCUUAACACAGUGCUCAGUGGAUGGAGUGCCUUUCCAUUCCGAUGAUAAGAAUGACACAAGAAAGGAGGGAAAUGCUCCUAAGAAAUGUGCAUAUUUGUUUUCCAAACUAAAUGACAUUAAAGAAGACUUGUGGGGAGACCUGACCUCGGGUGAUCACAGCUUGCAGGUCACAGUGGUAUGUCUAUAUGAAAAAGGAAAACCCAUAUAUGGCUACUGGAAUUUCACUCUUGAUGGACAACUUUUUUUUGGCUUUAAUUGCCUUGAUUCAAAGAACAAAAAAUGUACACUGACUCCCAAUAAAACCCCAGGUAUAGACAAAUGGCAGAAUAACACCAAUCUACUACGACAUCUAGAAACAUUCAUCAGAGGAGAUUCUCGUCGCUGCUUCCUGGUAAUCUUACCACAAUUGAAGAAAAUGGCAAGAUCAACGUCAAGGACCCCAGAUAUUGGAAUUGUUACAUCUCCCUCCCAGCUUCCAUCUACCAUGAACACCUCCCAGCUCCUAUCUACCGAGCAGCCCCCCAGUAAGGGAGGAUCUAGCGUCACAGAAGGAGGCACCCCCAUUGUCAUCAUCAUCCUCAUCAUCCUGGCUGUCAUUAUUGGCAUUUCCAUUUGCAUUGCCAUUUGCAUUUGCAUUUACAAGUGUGUGAAGAGGAAAUCUCGUACCCAAGGAAGGAAUAUGGGCUACAAAUUAUGCAUCCCAGACUCCUGCAUUUUUGGAAAUUGCAGGGGUCAGCACACGCCAAGUGCAGUGGGUGAGCCUUGCCCUGAGGAAACCAUCUGCAUGACCGUGAUGUCUCCUCUGGAAGGUAAGGAUUGAAGAUGACAUUUUCAUGAACUGUGAACUCGGGUGUGGUUGCACACACUUGUCAGCACAGGACUUGAGAAGAUGAGGUAAGUAAGAGCCUGUGGUACACAGGAAGUUCCAAGCAAGCUCGGGCCACAAAUAAAACCUAGUCUCAAAUGAACCAAAAAAGUAUAAUAAAAGGCCCGGAGAACCAGAAAUGCCGGUUACUGACUGACCUUUUACUUGUUUUAGUUUUAUUCGGCCUCUUUUUAAAUAUAUUUCAAAAUGUCAUUUUCAUUUGAAGGACAAAAUGGCAGAAAGGUUUGAAAUAAAUACAUCCAAAAGAAAAAGAAAAAAAAAAUCCUGAGCUGCACAGUCUGUGAAGUGGGGAGAAGUGUCUUCCUGAGAUAAAGUAGAGUAGGAUGCAGAUGUGCAGGAGCCCACUGUAACUGACACCCCUUUUUCAUCACUAGGUGAUUCUCCACACUGCUCGUCAGCUUCCUCAUCUUAGUCUGAUCCGCAGUCGUUGUCAACAGCUGCCUCUUGGACUUCUCAGGAACAAU